AUGCGAUGGGCACUCCUGGCAUUGAUGGGGAAGUGCCUGGCGGAAGGUGCUCGAUAUUGCAAUGCAGGAGAAAAGGUCUGGCUGCGGCGCGACGACUUUGGGCUGUCGCCGCUGCGCGGCACGGUGCUUCGGCGCUGGCCGGGACAGGCGGAGGUGCUGCUGGAGGAGAGCAACCUUCAUGUGAGAGUUCCCAUCAACAAGCUCAGGACUCGUUUUGGCCACUUCUGCGCCUGCGUCGCUUUAUGCCUCUUUGGACGAGUGGGCAACCUGGAGGGGAAAUUCGACGAGGCUGGCUCCAGCGAGGAUGCGCUGGAGAUCUCAGCGGCAAGUGUCUGGGAGCACGUGGUCAGAGCCAACUCAGAUAUGCGCUGGGACAUUUUCGCCCAUACUUGGGACGAAGACCUCCAUGAUGCGAUUCAGCAAGCGUAUAGGCCUCGGAAGCUGCACAGCGAGAGCAACGUCUCGUGGCUUCCGGUGGAGGGCUUCGGUGAAAGCCUGCGCCGCAGCAGUGAGCUGCGGAGAGAGGAGGAGAUCCAGGGGGAUUUUCGAUACGAUCUGGUGGUGGUCAUGCGCUAUGACAUUCUUUUUAGGCGUCCAUUGAAACUGGUCUUGGACAGCGAUGUCAACACGCUUUGGAGCAGCCACUGGUGUUCCGUCCAUGCGGAAGACUUCUCGGUCCGCGAAAUCGUUGUGGCGUCAGAGGAGGAAUUGCUGCUGGAAGCUCCGGAUCCACGAUACCAUGGCUCUGGAGUCUUUGCGCCGUCACAGUUUGCACCUGGAGGACUCCAUGACUUUUGGUUCGCAGCGGCUUCGGAGACCAUGGACAGCUUCGCUCAGUGGGGCGCUGCCCGGCCCAGGUUCCUGGAGCGCUUCGGCAUGCCAUCGCAGGAGGUCCCUUUGGAUGUGGGACACUUUCACAGCUACCUCCACGCCCUGGAGCUUGGCUUACAGCUGAGCUUCACAGGCAUCAGCUAUGUGGACUUCACGCUGGUUCGCUACAGAGGCUGUGAAUUGGAUGUUGGCGAAGAGAUUUCGUCUCCCGAUUGGUUUUGCCUCUUUUGGGAAGUGAGCAUCACCAGGCGCUGUGACUCCUGGCUGCCAACAAUCAGCGGCUGGGCACAUCACUUUUGUCCAAUCGCAGGGCGUCGCGCAUCUCUUAAGCCAGGUGGUUACGGCUGUGGCCGUUUCUGAGGACGAAGGGCGGAACGAUGGCCCGUUGGCCUCGCAAGAUGAGCCGAUGGAUCGGAAUGCCCCAGGAUGAGGUGCCGGAGCAGGCGUACAUCAAAGCAGGACCUGAUUUCAGCCAUUGCUAUCCUGGCCCAGCGGAGGCUAAGCUACAACAUCAUGGGCACCUUCAACGAGGAAGAACGAACCUCCAGGGCCUCCAGGGGUCGAUGUUUUCACCAGCGAGAACAGGCCCAAAAGCUCCGAGGGCGGAAAACGCCACCGCGUUG